CGUGAAUCGGCGAGAGCAGGGCAAAGAAGAGGAAGAAAAAGCUGCUAGCUUUCAUUUGCGGCGCCCCGACAGAGCGGCAUAUUUUCUUCCCUAAUCCAAUUGAACUAAAAAUUCAAGAAACAGCAAAGCAAAGCCGAACAGAUCUGUGCAAAUUUACUCGCCCGAUUCCACUGCACGUUUGGCCCGUGGUGUGGCGCGCGUGUGUAGUGUGUGUAUGUGCGUGUACGUGUACGUUUGCAAAAAGGUGAGCGACAACGGCACGACGUCCACACGGAGGAAAGAUCCCUUUCCCUUAGCAUAACAUGGUGACUUUUUGCGCGUUGGAACUGCAUAAGUACGAUAAACAAUUUCAGCUAUGUUCGCCCCAAGGUGUAAAAGAAUGAACGUACAUAAUUAGUGAAAAACUGAAAGGAAACGUGUGGAACAAACACAAAAAAAAGUGCGUCUCCUCUCCCAGUCCGCAACGUGCGUGCGCGACCGGCCCGAGUGAGUUUGUGUGUGAGGAAGUGUAACUGUGUGUAGUGAUUAGAAGCCGGUUCCUGAUUUGCCAGGAUACGCGACACCGGUACCACCAGAUCGUUUUUGCUGGACGCGUAACAACGAACACAAGACCGACCUGCUGGACUGGAAAGCAAUACGAAAACGAACGAACAGUGUAUAUUGCUGGCCAAAGCAAUCGCGUCUUCCCAGCUGCCCAGAGCAGGACGAGGAGGACGAGAAGGAGCCGGGUGGUCAUCACCUCACCAUACCAUUAUUAGCACCGUAUCCGUUGGAAGCUGUUGCAGAACGCCGCUGCCAACUCUCUUUAUGCACUGACCCUCGGUGGCUGUGAAGAUGCCAAUGUUGUCACACUUUCAAAUGAACUUUCGCGUGUUUCUCGUACUGGCGUCGAAGUUAUGGACAUGCAUCUGCUUCAUGUUCAAGCGGCAGGUUCGGGCGUUUGUACAGCAUCAACCGGUGAGGUAUCAGCUGUUCCCGCUGUCGCCGGUCUCCCGCCACCGGCUGAGCAUGGUCCAGCGGAAGACGCUGGUGCUGGACCUGGACGAGACGCUCAUACACUCCCACCAUGACGCGAUGCCGCGCAACACGGUCAAGCCGGGGACGCCGCACGACUUCACGGUCAAGGUGACGAUCGAUCGGCAUCCGGUGCGCUUCUUCGUGCACAAGCGGCCCCACGUCGAUUACUUCCUGGACAUUGUUUCACAAUGGUACGAUUUGGUCGUGUUCACCGCCAGCAUGGAGAUUUACGGUGCAGCCGUAGCCGAUAAGCUAGACAACGGACGCAACAUCCUGCGACGGCGCUACUACCGACAGCACUGUACGCCCGACUUUGGCUCGUACACCAAGGACCUGUCGGCGAUAUGCAGCGAUCUUAAUAGAAUAUUCAUCAUCGACAACUCACCGGGUGCAUACCGAUGUUUCCCCAACAACGCAAUACCGAUCAAAUCGUGGUUCUCCGAUCCGAUGGACAUUUGUCUGCUGUCACUGUUGCCACUGCUGGACGCGCUAAGGUUUACGAACGAUGUGCGAUCGGUGCUGUCCCGCAAUCUACACCUUCACCGUUUGUGGUAGCAGAAUUUAACUAAUUUUUUAUGGUGCGCUGUGAGACUUCUAAAAUCUUACAAAUACUUUUUUAUUUUAUUCUAAUCUUAUGGUUACUUACCGGUCUAGUGAAGGGAUUGUGUGUGUGUGUAUGUGUGUGUGAGAGUUCUACUACUGAGAACGGUGUGAAACAAAAGCGUUAGUAGAACGGAAUGCAUGCAAAGACCAUCGUCCUCUCCGGGUUGUGUUUUUAGCACAGCCGAAGAUGGUAAAAAGUAUCAUCAAAGAGGGGGAGGGGAUAGGGUAUAUGGUCUUCUCCAACUGUACUGUACCCGUAUACCCGACAAACUUCCUACGUGUGUUACGUAGCAUAUUGACAGGCGAACACCACACACCCACCACCCCUCCUUGCUGCAAACGCAAAGCGGUACCGGGGUGGUACAACACGCCCUAUUUAAGGUUAACGAAUCGUGGUGGACAUCGAAAGAGUUACUGCCCAGCUGCUGGUACUAGAAUGGUGCGCAUAUAUAGAGAGGGAGAGGGAGAGCGAACUCUGCUACUAUUGCUAGUGAUGAAUUCUAGUAAGAAAACAAGCAUUUGGUAUGAUUCCUACACUUGGAGGUAAUCGCUUCAAACGCGUGACGAUUGUAAAGCACACCUUGGAAGGUAUCCUCGCGGAAGGGAAAGGGUAUGUGCUACAACAGUAGGGGAAAGGAGUAGGAGAGAGAGAGUGUAUUUGCUAAAUAUGUUUUGUUAUUAUUUUAUCGUCAACCGAUCAACUUCAAGCCAAUGGUUAGCACCAUGAUAACCAUUUGGAUGAGCGCUUUUUCGUUUGAAGGGUUCGCAACAACCACUUCCUAAACCGCGGCGGAGAGAUUCCUCCACACUCGUGUUUGGUUUACCCUUUUUUUUUUUUUUUUUUUUUUUUGAAAAUGUUGUGUGUAAAAUAGUAGUUUAUAGUUCCAAUCGUUUUUGGAUAUGAUUAUUUGUACGAGGCUCUCCUUUUUUUGUUAUUCAAUCAACUAAAGUGCGCUAUGUUACGUUUUCGCUUUGUUGUGAAUAAAAAAAAACGAAUAAAAAACGAAAAGCUAAUUCCCGAUUUGACAGGACACCGGGAAGAAUUCAAUUCAAAGCUAAACCAAUAAGAAAAUCGCGAUGCAUUAUUGGGCAAAGCUGUAGCUGCACAGGGCGCGCGCGCGCGCGCUUUCUAUAAUCAAACAUAGUUAAUUUUCUACGAAAAUUAGCAAUCAGCACGGUUGAGUUCUGCGUUUUUCUGCGGGCUAUUGUGUUUGAUCAAACGCCUCCAACAUAUAAAGCUACGUUCACUUUCAAUGAAAGCGAUCAACGGGGGGGCGCUAAAUCAGUAUCUAUAGCCACCGCCCGCCGCGUUUGUGAAGUAAUAGAAGUGUGUGUAACAAUCAAGAAACUGCAUCGAAAAUCGUCACCCCUUGCCCGCUCGCUGCGUAUGACAGCGCAACAGCAAUUUGCGUCCUGAGACAGCAGUUUACAGGCCGCCCAUUCUGCGCGCUACCAUCAUUAGGUGUAAGACUUCAAUCGCGAAAGAGACAUUCUCAUCAGCUUCAAAUGUGGUGUAGCCAUACGGGGGGUAUGGGGAAAUCGCUAUCACAAAAGCUAUCGUCGCGAAAUAGCUAAUUUAAUUUGCUCAAUCAGUCGCAGCAAUAUUUGGCGAUAAAGAGAACGGUUGGCAGAACAUACGGUAUUGCGUCCAAAGACAGACAGACAGAGGGAGACAGAGACAGAGAGAGAGAGAGAGAGAGAGAGAGAGAGAGAGAGACAGAGAGAGAAAGAGAGUAUGGAUUGUUCGUGAAUAUUACUCAGUAUAUGGAUGGUUUUAAUGCUUCCGUGUUGUAUCUAUCUUUUGAGCUGGAUAGUAACUGGAUUUGUUCGUUACAUUUUGAUCCACUUUUUAUGGUCAGACUCCAUUUUGAUUUUAGUAAAUUUUGUUUGCUUGAUUUACGUAUUUGCAAAACGAAACGAAAAAAUACAAAAGACACCGAUUGGCUCAUCUAAAACCAGUAAACGAUGCCCAAUUACACCCUCAAAAGAAGAACACUUGAGAAAAGGGAGGAAACAAACAUGUAUUUACAUAUAAGUGAACGACACACGGUACAAAUGAAGUAAGCAAAAGAAACACACACACACACACAAUAUCAUGACGUAAGUUCGCCGACACGAUGCUGUGCGUGCGUAAUGAUGAAGACGAUGAUGCUGCAGAUAUAAGGGUAACAUCUAAGCAAAUUAAGUAAACGUAAAAAAAAAUCACACCCAAACACAAACACACUCAACGCGCAAUCCAAAGAGAACGUGCAGAGGAAAUAUGUAUGCGGAAUUAGGAUGAACAACACAUGAUGAGCAUAGGGGAAAAGAGCAGGAAGCAGCAGCAGCAGCAGUUGUUACACAAUGUGUUGCGAUAUCGGGUUGUUUGCACAUGUAUAAAAUGAAACACCAGUACAUACCGCCCCCGCCCAGCCCGCGCAAAUCCAUCCGUUCAGCCGGUUUUGGGUUUUGAUAAAAGAUCAGUAAAAGUGUAACCAUAAACCGGAGACAUUCAUUGCAUUUUCUUUUGAAAAAUAGAACCGUUUUCUGCCACACGCAACGCAGAGAAAAUGUGGCAAGCGGCACCACACACAUGUAUUUCCCAUUCAUCGUCAGUCAGCCAAGUGUGAAAGGCAGCAGAUACUCUUGUGUGUUUAUGGAAGCGAAGUACUGCAAAGUACUGCUGAUAAAACCAGAAACCAUAAGGUACCAGAGUGACAAAAACAAUGGUGUUAAUGCACACAUACAGUGAGAGACAUACGAAUGUGCUCUCGAGAUAGGACGCUGAUGCCUGCUGGGCAUGUCGAAAUAGACAACAGAUUGUAAAUAGUACUUGUUAGCAUGAUGAUUGAAAACGUGUGUGCAAACAGAAGCACAUUUAACCGUAAGCGAAGCAUGUGAAAGGAGCAAACAAACUCGACAACAACGCAUACCUAGAGGGGGGGAGAGCAUUAAAAAGCAUUAGGACAUACCGGCAACACACACACACAAACACAGUACAGAAAGAUGGCGAAGCUGGGCACACAUUUGUGAGGACGAAAAUUGAGGAAAGCAAAAAUCUGGAAAAACAAUAGAACGUAAUGGAAUGUA